GGGGAUCUCAGAGGCGAGUAUGUGACGGUUGGAUGCGCGCGCGCACCUGUUCGUACCUGGGGAGGAAUUUAACACAAUAAUAAUAAUAAAUAACGAUGUCGGGUUUCGACAGCAAUCCUUUCGCCGGUCCUGUGGACGUGAAUCCUUUUCAGGAUCCCUCAGUGACACAGGUGACUGUAGGGAGAGACAGCGUAGAGGAAUACAACCCUUUCUCAAACAGAAACCGGGACAAUGCCACUACCAUCCCUUUCUCAGCUGGAUCUCAGCCCGCUGUUCUGCAGCCCACACUGGAGCCCAGUCCUCAGGCCACAGCGGCGUCUGCGCAGGCCGAGCUCCUCAAACAGCAGGAGGAGUUAGAGAGGAAAGCAGCCGAGCUCGAGCGCAAGGAGCAGGAACUGCAGAAUCGAGACGCUGGCAGGGGUAAAGAAAACAACUGGCCUCCGCUGCCGAGGUUUUUCCCAGUAAAGCCGUGUUUCUAUCAGGAUUUCGAUGAGGAAAUCCCAAUGGAAUACCAGAGGGUCUGCAAGAUGAUGUACUACCUCUGGAUGUAUCACUGUGUGACCCUCUUCUUGAACCUGCUGGCAUGUUUGGCCUACUUCAUUGUGAAUAUGCAGAACGGCGUGGACUUCGGCCUCUCCAUCCUCUGGUUUAUCCUCUUCAGCCCUGCUGCCUUGGUGUGCUGGUACCGGCCGGUAUAUAAAGCCUUCAGGUCCGACAGCUCCUUCAGUUUCUUCUUUUUCUUCUUCAUCUUCGCCUUUCAAGUGGUGGUGUACAUCAUCCAGAGUGUCGGCAUCCCCAGCUGGGGAAACAGCGGUUGGAUCACCUCCAUCUCCAUGAUCAAAAUCAACCCGGCAGUCGCCGUGUUCAUGAUGAUCGUGGCCGGAUGCUUCACAAUCAACGCAGCGCUCGCAGUCAUCUUACUGAAAUUGGUCCACGCUAAGUACAGGAGAACAGGUGCGAGUUUCCAGAAGGCACAGCAGGAGUUUUCUCAGGGCGUCGUGACCAACAGAACGUUCCAGACCGCCGCGGCCACCGCCGCCACCUCGGCUGCUCGCGGGGCCUUCCAAUAACACGGUGCAUUCCGAACUGUCCAUCGCUCACCUCCUCCUCUCACAAAGCAUCACCUCUCCUCUGUAUUUAAGUCUUUUGUCUGUUCUCUCGCUAAAGGAACGUUCUCUUAGGGAUACUGUAGAGGUCAGUAGUGAGAAAAGCCUGUAUCAUGUAUAAGUAAUGCACAUUCAAUACUUUCUGAUUUUCUUGGUUAUAGCUUUUAAAUGCUUUUUUUUUUUUUCCCCUCCCCUCGUGGUACCAAAUAGUGCUGGACGAUACGACGUAAAUAUCAUGAUUCACAAAGACACUAGCGUUAUCGCUUUUAAAACAAUGCUUCACCUAAUGUCUACAAAAAUACAUUUAUUUUCCGAGCACGGGGAAGUGGUGGCUUAAGCUGUUAAGGCUCUGGGUUGUUGAUUGGAGCCUCAGGACUGCCAAUCUGCCACUGUUGGGCCCUUGACCAAGGCCCUUAACCCUCCCUGCUCCAGGAGUGCUGUAUCAUAGCCGCCCCUGCGCUCCGACCCCAGCCUCCUUAGUUAGUAUAUGUGAAGAUAGAAUUUCACUGUGCUGUAAAGUAUAUGUGGUGGUGAUAAAGGCUUCCAGGCCCCCAAUUCAUAUUCAGUUCAUUUUUAGAUUGGAAAAUGUUUAGAUUUACGGUUUUAAAGAUGUACAAGAUGCAUCAAAUAGACGGCUUCCUUUUACGAGUAGACGAGUAGACAUAAUAUCCACCAUUGUUUAUUUUAGAAAAGCAUAUCGUGAGUUUAUUAUGAUAUCAUCAUAUCAUCGUAUCGCCCAGCACUUGUACCAAUAGUGUAAAAAAUUCACUGCUCACACUUGUCUACGUUCCCAAACGACAUUUACAUUUAUGACAUGAAUCAGUCUCCUGUGUCCAGAGUGACUUCUAGAUGUCCUUGUAGUCAAAAGGGCCUUUUUACACCUGGUCACUUCAUGUGUUUUCUCUGAUCCGAUAGCUAUCUGAUUUGUUAAACCUGUUCCAUUUACAUCAGGCCACAUAAAUGCGUCUCGGCGAAUCGGAUAUCGAUCCGAUCUUUCUACUCCCGCCCAAAAUGCAAAUAUAUUUGACCUCAUUUCCGGGGUAAUUGAAAUGGAACACGCUUUGGUGUAUGCGCUUUUCAGAACGCAAUCAAAAAGAAGACGAAAAAACUCGUUACGACGGUUAUGUUACAAAAAACAGCGUUUACUGUUUGCUGCAUUUUCGCUGGCAGCAGCAGCGCAUUUUAAGACCCAACGAGACACCUGAGUGAAAGAUCACCUGCGAGUGACGUACUUCCGUUUUGGAGGAGUAUAGCGCUGACGUAUGUGACUUGAACAACCACAUUCAUUUACACCUGUCCAGUUUCAUCUGAAAUGCGUCCCAGACCACCUCCUGAAGUGGUUUGAACGGUCGGAUUUAUAUCCGUCUCGAAAACGUUUCAGAGGGCAUUUAGACCUGGUCUUUUUACCAUCGGAUAGCUAUCUGAUCACAGAAAACGCAUGAAGUGACCAGGUGUAAAAAGCCCCAAAAUUACAUCACAUCCUUUAUGAAGUCCACUAGAUCUGACCCCAAACUGCACACCUGAACAUUCCCCCACCCACCAUUCAGAGCUCUCCUCUGUCACACAACAGCUCAAAGCAGGAGCCUAAUAUGACUCAUGAAGCCAUCUAUUACAGAGAGACGCACUCAGACGAUAGCUCGGCUGUUUGCCCUCUUCCUCGUACACCAGCUCACAGAUGCAUACAGUUGGCCACAGUCUGUGAUUGACAGGAGAGGGCACAGCACGCCUUCCCUUCCAACCUGAGAGCACGGCUGAUUUUGUUGUCUAGUUCCUCGGCCGUCGCGAUGCUCCAACUCUGUUUAUUUGAAGACGGUUUUGUAUUAAAAUGUCCCCCUGGGUCGCUAAUUUUAUCUGAACAAGUCCAUUUUCAGCGGGUAAAAUAGUUUCGCAAACACGACGGCAAAAACGAACAAAGCGCUCACACUGUUACAGCGCAUUUAAGUGCAUCAUACGAAUAUUUUUUAUUUAAAUAUGUGGCUGCUAAUUUAGUGUCAUUGUUGAAAUGCAUGCAUGGAAACAUUGUGAAUGUACGGUGAAGGUAAAUAGUGAUCAAUCAGAGCAUGAUGCACAGGUAAAGCUACCGCUAAUUGUAUGCAAUUCAAACCUAAACGAUCGAACUUCUUUUCCUCACGUCGGUGGAAACGCAAACUACGUUAGGAUUCGCUCCAGUUUGCUGAAAAACCACGAUGCACAGAUCACACACACAGUCGCUGGACGGACUGUCGCUCCGCAUAUUUAUAGAUUUAGAUUUGUGCCGUCAUCACGUUAUAGACGUUCCUGUUCUUUCGAUCACAAACAUCUUUUUCAGUGUUCUCAAAUUAUCAUCGAAUAAAGUCGUAUAGUCUGAUUUAUUGUAAUGUUUCUGAUGUGGAACGGGAUAUUUUAUGUACAGAUAUUAUUUAGCUCAUUUGAAAUUCACACCGAUUGUUUGUUUGUUUGUUUGUUUGUUUGUUUGUUUGUUUGUUUGUUUUGAUGAUGUGGAGUCCAUCGUGUAGUGAAAUAUUUUAUCGUCACAUUUAUUGGGUGUAAAAUAAAAAAUGGUUUUAUUUUA